AUGGCUUUUAUAUAUACAAUCGAGUUCCAAAAAAGAGGUUUGCCUCAUGCCCAUAUACUUAUUAUUUUAAACGAUGAUAGCAAAAUUGAAACAUCUCAAGCUAUAGAUAAAUUUGUUUGUGCCGAAAUGCCAGAUAAAAUUCUCGAUCCUAAACUUUUUCAGAUUGUUACCCAUUUUAUGAUACAUGGUCCUUGCGGGAUAUUUAACCCCAAAUCGCCUUGCAUGGAAAAUGGCAUAUGUACCAAAAAAUUUCCGAAGGAUUUUCAAAUGGAAACAAGACCAAAUAUUGAUGGGUAUCCAUAUUAUAAAAGGCGAGAUAAUGGUAUUACAAUUCUUUCCGGUAAAUCUACGGAUAAUCGUUAUGUUAUUCCAUAUAAUCGAUAUCUAAUGUUAAAAUUCAAUGCUCAUAUUAACGUGGAAAUUUGUACAUCUAUUAAAUCGGUAAAAUAUAUCUUUAAGUAUAUUUAUAAGGGCUAUGACUGUACUAAUGUUGACAUUAAUGUUGCUUCAAAUAUAAAUAUUCAUGACGAAAUUAAAUCACAUUUAAAUGCGCGAUAUGUGAGUGCAUGUGAAUCAAUGUGGAGAUUAUUAGAAAAUAAUAUGCAUGACCGCUCGCACGCUGUUAUUCGCUUAGGAAUUCAUUUACCUUUACAACAGCCAGUAUAUUUCACUGCUGGACAUGUAAGAGAUGCUUUAUUGAGAUCAGAAAAUAAACAUACUACUUUAACGGCAUGGUUUGAGUUAAAUAAGAAAGAUCUAAAUGCUAGACAAUAUUUUUAUGGGGAAAUACCUUAUCAUUAUGUGUUUACAAAUUACCAUUGGGAACUAAGAAAAAAACGAUUAAAUGUAAUUUCGAGAAUGUAUUCCGUUCAUCCUAAUUCUGGUGAACGAUUCUUCCUUCGAUUAUUAUUACUUCAUGUUUGCGGGGCUACAAGUUUUGAUUAUUUAAAAACUAUUAAUGGAAUUUUAAUGAGUACUUUUAAAGAGGCAGCUAUUAAAAGAAAUUUGUUAUCAGAUGAUAAAGAGUGGGAAUCAUGCUUAGAAGAGGGAUCAAUAUAUCAAUUGCCGUCACAACUUCGGAGUACUUUUGCCUUUAUCUGCAUUUUUUGUCAGCCUGAAAAUCCUGCAUAUCUAUGGAAUAGGUUCAGAUUUAUGAUGAUUGAAGAUUAUUUGCGUCAAUAUUUAGAAGUAAUUGCAAUAAACAUGGCUUUAAUGGACAUUGAAAACGUUUUUCUUGAUCAUGGUUUAUGCUGUCAAAGUUUUGAUCUUCUUUCACCUACAAAAAUCCCCCCAAAACAACAUUAUGAUGCCCAUGUUGAAGCUGCCGAUUCAAUCGAGCGUAUAUCUAAAUUAAACCGAUUACAAAAAUAUGCUUUUGAUUUAAUUAUACAAGCGAUUGAAUUAGAAAAUAUUCCAGAAAGAUAUUUCUUCGUGGAUGGCCCUGGAGGUUCAGGUAAAACGUAUCUUUACAAUACCUUAAUGUGUUAUAUAAGAGCAAAAAAUCAAAUUGUAUUGCCUUUUGCAACCACCGGCAUAUCCUCUAUUCUUUUAAAGGGGGGAAGAACCAUCCAUAGCGGAUUUAAAUUACCUGUGCCUAUCUUUGAAACUUCUACAUCCCAUAUGAAUUUACAUAGUUCGCUAGCUCUAGAUAUUAAAAAUAGCAAAUUGAUUAUUAUUGAUGAGGCCACAAUGAUGACUAAACAAGCUUUGCGAUGCAUUGACCGAUUACUUAAAGACAUUAUGAAAAAUUCCCACCCAUUUGGCUGA